AGUUUUUUUGUAUGAAUACCACUAUUCUUUUAUACAGCCAUGUCGGAAAAGCUCAAAGAACUCAUACCACCUGAAGAAGACCUCACUGGAAUAUCGGCUCAUGAUUUGAUGUUCCCAUACCCUCUCACUGAAGAAAACGUACUUGACUACUUUGCCAGCACCAAGUUUUUUGAUUCGUCUUGCAACAACCAAGUUAUAAAAAUGCAGCGUUUAUCAAAUGAUGUGCUAAAGCAUAUGGUAGGCGUAGAGUACGCUGUUGACGGUCGAGAUUUUGUCGUAGAUCCGAAGACAAAUGUGGCACAUGAGCUUUGGAAAAUCAAAAAAAAAUAUCGUGAGAGUCCAGAAAAAGAAACAAUCAUUGCAGUUUAUUAUAUUAUCGAUCGAAUCAUUUACCAAGCUCCCGACGAUCUUUCGGUUUGCGAAGCUAGGCUUACUAGAUCUGUGGAUAGAAUUCAACAUACGUUUAUUGAUACUUUCAACUCUAUUCAGUUCAACUCUGAAAUGUAUCAUGUAUGGAAGCCUGAUAUCACACAAUUAGAGUCCACAUCCAAAUUCAAGCCUAUGCAUUCAAGCCAACUCGAACAGAUGAAUAGGCUCAUUCCGUUACUCAAAAAAAAAUUCCUCGGCGGUUCAGCUGAGAAAUGAAGGGAUAAGGAAUUUUGGGUACCGUCUGUCUCAUAAAAUAUGUGCCGAGGUUUAAUUUUUAUAAAUUUCACAUCGCUACAGAAUUCCAGCAAACAUGCUUUCGCUUCUUUGGCCAAAGCACCUGAUCUAGCUAGGAGGACUUAACUUCGUUCUGGCGUCAUGUGGCAUUUGAGGGGCUCAAAAAGAUGUUCCUUUGUCUAUUAGUCUACAGAACAUGGUAUAAACAGUCAUCAAGAAAACAAUCUACAAUAGUUUGGUGAUGUGUUCGCCCCUCUCUAAGUGCGCAAUAAAAAGGAAAUUUUUGCGAAGCAUAAUGUGUUGUGAGUAUACAAACAUACUCUUGUCGAUGCAUUUCAUGCUAGACAAACACGUAUAAUGAAGGCUAAAGCGUGAAUUUAGCCCCUGGCAUUCUAGGUCCUGAGGAGGGAUUGGCUUAUAUAUUGUACCUUCCGUCUGAUGAAAACGUGUCUCGUUUUAUAUGGUGGAAAUGACAAAACUGCCAAUUUUGAAAAUUUUCCUACCGACGAUAGUGCUUGCUAGACCUUCAGAUGUGUUGAUUUAUUCUAUGCCAGAAGUAGACAGUUAAAAUACCAGAUCUGGUUUCGCACUAAUGAAUGUAUUUUUAGUCUGCAGUCUUUUUGGAAUCUAUUUACAUCUGAAUGCUUAAUCAGUAAUUUUAUAUUCUGUCAUCGUGUCUAUCAAAAGAAUCAAGCUGCAUCGCCAAGGCAUGCCUAUACUUCUGUAAAAUCGAGGCACGACCAAAAAUAAGCGACGCUCUUCUCGAUUCUACACUCAAAUGUGUCUUGACAAUGAUGCCUCGCAUUUCAUGCAUAUGGAUGUGUGUGUAGA